ACUAAUAUCGCAGCUUAUUUCUCCUCCGCCGUACGGGCUUUAUUACAUAACCAAUAGAAGUACUUUAGAGCAUAAAACUGUUUUCCUAAAUACUCAAUCUAAUAAAAUCUCUUCGCAAGUCCUGCCCAUAAAAUAAAUACAAGAAAGCAGUUCGCGACGCCUCAGCAAGUUCAUUGGGCGCCAAAUUAUAAUCGCUGCUCCGCGAUUGGUCCCUCGAUAAACAGGAGAGGGAAACCGCGUAGUAGGGGUAGACAACAUGGCUGAUUUACUGGCUGUUUAGUUUCACAGCGAGUGUUGCUCGAAGUUCAGGUUAGUUUGCUAAAACACCUCGUGUUGUGCCGACAAUAAUUAAAAUUGUUGUGUCGGAUGUGUGAAGAAACUGAGGGAAUUUCUUCGGUCGCGUAUGUUGUUUCAUUCCGGUUCGAGGGACCAAAAUAAUUUUUGUGUUGUGCGCUAUUUUGUCUUUUUUGGAUUAUUUUGUCUUUGGUGUUUGUUAGCUACUGGAGAGUACUCGUAAUAUAAUAGGACUAUUGAAUAAAUAAAGGACUACCAAGGUGUUUGGUGUGGGCGAAACGGUGUCGAGUACGGUGACUGGCAUGACCGUGCAAGACGAGACCAGGGCAAUGCCGCAGACAGCCGCCACCCGGUCCCGAUUCAUGAUCACCGACAUCCUGAACGGACCGGCGGCCGACGGAGCAGCGGCCACGAUAAUGAGGGGCGGUCGAUCUCCAAGUCCCGGACCAAGAGAUCUCUCAUUACACUCCAACCCCAUCAUACAUGACAGCGAUACUGAUAGCUCAGGACAUCCCGAUACUUCUAGUAUAUGUUCGAACGGUCAAAAUGGUGAUGAUUCCCUCAACUCCUCCAAAAGCUCAAGUGGUGCAAUGAGUAAAAAACAAAGAAAAGCGAGAACGGCAUUUACAGAUCUCCAGCUCCAAACGUUAGAAAAGAGCUUCGAAAGGCAAAAAUACCUCAGCGUGCAAGACAGGAUGGAGUUAGCUGCCAAACUGAACCUCACAGAUACACAAGUGAAAACGUGGUACCAAAACAGAAGAACAAAAUGGAAACGUCAAACAGCGGUAGGUCUUGAACUCCUUGCCGAAGCUGGAAACUAUGCUGCCUUCCAAAGACUCUACGGUGGUCCUCCUUACGGUUGUUGGUAUCCCCCUCAAAAUACCGGACCUCAAACAGCUCCCACACCUGCAGACAUCUACUAUAGACAAGCAGCAGCUGCCGCAGCUGCCACUCUACAAAAACCGUUACCUUAUAGGCUAUAUCCACCUGGAAUGGGUAUCGGAAUACCCGGACCAAGCGCACAUUUAGGAACGUUAGCAGCCAGUAGUUCUUUAAGCAACUUAUCGAGUUAUUAUUCGAGUCAUACCUCGGAGGGACCGUCUCCUAGGUCACCCAGUCCGGAUACCCCCUUAGAUCCUGGCUCACCUGGAUCCGCGGGAGGUAGGAGAUCACCUUCUGAUGACGAAGAUACCAUACACGUGUAAAAUAAACCUAAUGGUGUUUGUGAAAUGUGAUAUAAAUCUGUAUAAUUAAACCAUAUUAAUUUAUUUUGUUGCUUUUAAAUGUCGUACGGACUGGCGCCACAGUGGACGAUUUUUUUUGUACACUUUAUGAACAUUGAAAAGAAAGAACGUCAGAAUUACCAUUUAUUAAUUUUAAGUAUUUACCUCUGUAGCAAAAUAUUAGUAAAUUUUGCCAUGUUCUUUUUUUUUUCUAAUAAUUGUUUAUAUAAAAAUCCUCCAUCAUGCUGGCGUAUAAAAAGCUUUGUAUAUAUUGUACCUUUCGAGACAUUCCAGUGUAACUUUAGAUGAAAUGGAACUGGGUGCUUUGUAAAAAUGUAUCGUGCACCCCAGAUCCUGGUUCUUAAAACUUAAAUGCAAGAUAUUGCAGUUUUAAAACUCAAUUUUAGUUUUAAGAUCCGGUGUCGCGUUUUGUUUGUAAUUAUGUGUAUGAAACAAUGGUUGUAUAUUUACGUUGAAAUAUGUAAGAUUGCACUCAAAAGUGAUGUAAUCAAUUAAUAUUUUGAUUUUGGCUCAAAACUAUGUAUAUUAAUGUUAAAUUAGAAAAUAUUAGUAAUAAAAAAUUAAGUUUUUAUUAUA